UCUCGUAGGCGUUAAGUGCCCAGAGUAGCUCGAAAUGGCAGAGAACAAUUAUAUAGCUUUAUUAAUAUUCGCCACACUCAUUCCGAUCGGGCAAAGUUGCACCAAAAUAAUAUCGGUAACGAAUUGGCGUCCUGAAACGCAAACAUACCAGGUCUCUGAAACAUAUACAGAGCGAUGCGGCUUUUUACGUCGUUGUCACAAAAUGCGCACAGUUGUCAAAGCAAAACAAAUCAAUGUAUCAUUUAAUACUGCAUCAGAGGCUUGUUGUGAUGGAUACAUUUUACAAUUUGGAAAAUGCCAGCCUGUUUGCUCCCGACAAUGCGUAAACAGUAGAUGUGUAGCUCCAGAAAUUUGUGACUGCCUGCCUGGAUAUAAAAAACAGGAACCCCACGUAUGUGAACCUGUUUGUAGUCCAACGUGUACCAAUGGCAAAUGUGCUGGCCCAAACAAAUGUGUCUGCAAUGUUGGUUUCAAAUUAUCAUCAUCAUCCUUUGAAUGCCUUCCACAAUGCGACAAAGUGUGUGUAAAUGGAAACUGCGUGUCCCCAAACACAUGCACUUGCCUUCCUGGAUUUUCAUUUACGGUCAAUAGCAACAAUGUAUGCGGGCCAGUUUGUCCUCAAGGAUGUAAAAAUGGAAACUGCAUUGCCCCCGGGAUUUGCGAAUGUCUUCCAGGAUAUCGAAAAAGCAAGGAUAAUAUUUGUGAACCCGUCUGUGAUCCCGAAUGUAUUCACGGUAAAUGUGUUGGACCGGGCAAGUGCGUCUGUCAUCUUGGCUACGAACCGCCAAUAUCAAAAGAGCGCUCCUUUGAGUGUCUUCCGAAGUGUGACAAAGGCUGUGUAAAUGGGACCUGCAUAUCCCCGAAUCUUUGUGCUUGUCUUCCCGGAUUUUCAUUCCUCAACAAUAGCAACAAUGUAUGCAGCCCAGUUUGUUCUCAAGGAUGUAAAAAUGGAAACUGCAUUGCCCCCCAGAUCUGCGAAUGCUUCCCAGGAUAUCGAAAAAGUGAGGAUCACAUCUGUGAUCCGUGGUGUGAACCAGAAUGUAUAAAUGGUCUGUGUACUGGUCCUAACCAGUGUGAUUGCUAUAAAGGAUACCGAAAAAAUGACCAGGACGGAUAUAUUUGUGAUUUACUUUGUCCUGAAUCCUGUCUGAAUGGCGAAUGUGCGGGUUGGAGACAAUGUAAGUGCUUUCCUGGGUACCGGCCGUCAAAAGCAAAUGUCUUUGAAUGUGAGCCAGUUUGUGAACCUGCGUGUAUUAAUGGAACAUGUAUUUCUCCGAAUUCUUGUCAAUGCUGGGAAGAUUAUCAUCCUAACCCUGGCGAGGCGUCGAAUUAUACCUGCGCACCAAUAUGCCUUUUGCAUUGCGGAAAUGGCACUUGCAAUCCACCAAUGAAAUGUGAUUGUUUCGAAGGAUACUACUUUGAUACUGAAAAUAUGACAUGUGUUAUAGGAGACGAAGAACUCUUCAAUACUUCUGUUAUCGGUGGAAAGGAGAACAAAAAGUUGGUCCUUAUUUUAAUUCUAAUUGGCGUUGUCAUCUGGUCUGCAGUGGUAGUAGCUAUCUGUUGUUUACUAUGCCGAAGGAGUAAAGGCAAAUGUGACUCCAAAGGUGUAACUGUGCAUUAUGUCGCUCAAAUUGAAUAAAGUGCUGUGAAGUAAUUUACUAUGUUUAUUGAAUAAACUUU